CCCCCCUCCCCGGUGACUCAACAGCCACGGGGGGGGGGAUGGGGACACGUAAUGGGGGGGGUCAGAUUUGGGGCCAAGGCGUGUGGGGGGGGCACCGCCCCGGGAGGCGCCGCCUCUCGCCCCAAUCUUAUCGGGGCCGGCCCCCGCCCACCCCUGGGCUCCCCGAUAAAAGGGGGGGCGAGACGCAGCCCCCCCCCGGCGGCGACGGCAGGCGAAGGGCCCCCCCCCGGCACGAUGCUGCUCCGCUGCCUCCUCUUCCUCCCCCUCCUCUUCCUCUUCGUCCCCGUUGUGGAGCCCUCGGCCCCCUGCCAGAACGGCGGCACGGCGGUGGGGGAGUCCUGCGCCUGCCCCCCCGGCUUCAACGGCACCCGCUGCGAGACCCCCGAGCCCACCAGGGCCUGCCGCGGGGGGGGCACCCCGGUGGGCACCAAGUGCCUGUGCCCCCCCGGCUUGGGGGGGCCCCUCUGCGAGCUCCCUGACCCCUCGGGCGCCUGCCGCAACGGGGGCACGGCCUUUGGGACCUCCUGCGUCUGCCCCCCCGGUUUUGGGGGGGCCAGGUGCCAGUUCCCCGAGCCCCCCACCUCUUGCCUCAACGGGGGGACCCUGGGGGGGGGCGCCUGCCGAUGCCCCCCGGGGACGUGGGGGCCCCGCUGCGAGUGUUUCAGUGCCACCGCCACCACGGAUGAGAUGAGGGGGGUGACGGUGACAGUGGUGGGGGGGACGUUAGGGGGAAGGGAGACCCCGGUCACAGCCCCCCCCGGGGGAAACGCCACCCUCGCGACCCCCCCGGUGAGUGACGGGACGGCGAUGAUGCGCCGGGAAAGUGACGGCGCGACCACAACGCCAAGAGGGGGGGGAGUCAACGCAACGCUCGGGACCCCCCCGGGAAGCAACAUGACAUCCACGGCCCCCCCGGGAAGCAACAUCACACUUGUGACCCCCCCGGGAAGCAACACGACGCUCACGGCCCCCCCAGAAAGUGAAACCACGGAGCCAACAACCUUGGAAAGCAACGCAACGACGCGUGGAGAAGUCAACACAACGCUCGUGACCCCCCCAGCAAGGAAUACAAUGCUCCUGCCCCCCCCCGAAAGCAACACAACGGUAACGGCCCCCCCUGAAAGCAACACGACGCUCACGGCCCCCCCUGAAAGCGAAACCACGGAGCCAACGACCUUGGAAAACAAUACAACAAUGCGUGGGGAAGUCAACACAACGCUCCUGACCCCCCCAGCAAGGAAUACAACGCUCCUGCCCCCCCCCGAAAGUAAUGUCACAGUCGUGGACGCCCCAGAAAGCAACACGACACUCGUGACCCCCCCAGGAGGCAACACCACGCUUCUGGCCCCCCCUGAAAGCGAAACCACGGUGCCAACGCCCUUGGAAAGCAACGCAACGACCGCGCUGCCAACACACGGGGAAGUCAACGCAACGCUUGUGACCCCCCCAGGGAGAAACACAACACUCGUGUCCCCCCCGGGAAGCGAUGUCACGGUUCUGGCCCCCCCAGAAAGCAACACGACGCUCACGGCCCCCCCAGAAAGUGAAACCACGGAGCCAAUGCCCUUGGAAAGCAACGCAACGACGCGUGGGGAAGUCAACGCAACGCUCACGACCCCCCCCAAAAGCACCGUCACCCCCCCGACCGCCCCCACCAACAUGACGGCCACCACGGGGACACCCCCGCCCCAUCCCAGCACCACCGGUGUCACCGCUGUCACCAACAGCGCCGUCACGGCCAUGAUCUGCCUCUUCCUGCCGCACGGGUCCAGCCCUCCAGCCAUCUCCUGCCUCAACGGCGGCGUGGCCAACCGCACCGAGUGCCUCUGCCCGCCCGGCUUCAGCGGCCUCACCUGCGAGAGGCCGGACCCCGGCGCCCGCUGCGCCAACGGCAGCACCGCCGUGGGCGACCGCUGCCUCUGCCCCCCGGGGCUGUCGGGACGCCGCUGCGAAGUCCGCGACGAGGCCACCGCCUGCCAGCACGGGGGCACGGCCGUGGGCACCGAGUGCUAUUGCCCCCCGGGCUUCGAAGGGCCCCGGUGCGAGAGGCAAGGUGCCACCACCGCCGCCGCGACCACCGCCGCGACCACCGCCGCGACCACGACCACCGCUCGCCCUACCACCAAGGCCACGCCGAGGAGCACCAGGAGGACCACCACCACCACCACCACCGUCCCUACCACCGCAGACCCCUGUCUGAAUGGUGGGCACUGGACCGGGACCGUUUGCCUGUGUCCCCCCAACGUGGACGGAGCCCACUGCCAGUUUGGGGCCUCAACCAUCAACAUCACAGCGGAGCUGGGUCCCAGCGUGGCGCUGAUGGCGCGCGUCACCAACCGCCGCUUCUCCGGGGACAUGGGGGACCCCUCGUCCGCCGCCUUCCGCAGCUUCGCCGAUGAGUUCAGCCGCACGAUGGAUCGCGUCUACCGGAACGUCUCCGGCUACCGCGGCACCCGGGUGCUGGCUCUGACGGCAGGCAGCGUGGUGGUGAACUACAAAGUCCUGCUGCAGCCUCCAGCCGGGGACCAAGCCAACGCCAGCCUCAGCCAGAGGACUCGGGAGCUGCUGGAGGCCUCCAACGCCGCCAUCCAACCCCAAAACUGCACCGAGGGAGCGGAAGGGCUCUGCUUCGGCGCGGUCGCCUCCCGGAGGGCUUUCGCCGCCACGCCGGAGCUCAACGCCACCGAGCUCUGCCGCAAGUACUCGCCGGCCAACUUCAGCCAGUUCUACUAUCCCUACUGGACGAAGAACAGCCUCCUCUGCGUCACCAACUGCACCCUCAACGUCCCCGGCACCAUCGACUGUGGCACCGGGCUGUGCCGGGUGACGCUGGACGGGCCCCGCUGCUUCUGCCCUGACGUGCCCUGGUUCCUCUCCUCCGGUGACCGCUGCCAGACCCACAUCAGCAAACUGGGGCUGGGGCUGGGCGUGGGGCUGGGGCUGGGGCUGACCCUCCUCAUCCUCCUCAUCCUCUCCAUCGUCCUCUCCAUCUGCUUGGCCCAGGGGAAGAGAAAAACGCCCAGCACCAGCGAGGACAACAGCUGGCCAGAAGGCAAGCGCAACGCUCGUGCCACCGGCAUCUACCACGUCAACGGCAGAGGCUCGACGCCACGUCAAGGUCCCUACGCACACAGCUCCUAUAGGACCAACGCGGAGGUGGCGGACCCUCCUGCGCUGGGGCAAGCAGAAGGUGUGGUGUCCCUGUGAGCUGCGAAGUGGCCCCCAAAACCAGCUUGAGGAGGGGCCAAGACCACCUCGAUGCCCUCCAUCGCCCGCCACACAGGACCCUCGGCUUGGGUGGCAGCGACCGCUGACCUCGCCGUGUGGGAAAACAUCCUGCUCUCAGCAUUUCUCAUUUUUGGGGCAAAAACAGGCUGGAUCUGGUUCUUCUGUGAGAGAAGAGGGGUCUCCCAUGGCCUUGGGGACCCCUCGCUGGAGAGGACACAAUAGCACCAAGUUCCCAUCCUUGCUUGCGAAGCUUCGCCUGGGCCAGAGCAGGAUGAGCCUCGUCCCUGUGGAAAUAUAUUUAAUUAUAUUUAUUAACGUAUUUUUGUUGUCUUCUGAAAAAUAAUGUGGGCAGCUGGGGUUGGGAGAGCACAGCCAAGGGCGUGCUUGGGCUGGGGGCUUGGGUCAUGGUUGGAAGGGCUGGAAUUGAGCUGGGAAGACCCAACCGGGGCUGGAAUUGAGCUGGGAAGACCCAACCAGGGUUGGAAUCGAUUUGGAAAGACCCAGCCGGGGCUGAAAACGAUCUCAGAAGAUCUAAACAUGGCUAGAAUUAACCUGGAAAGACCCAGCCAAGGCUAUAAACAAUCUCAGAAGACCCAAACGUGGUUAGAAUUAAUCUGGAAAGACCCAGCCAAGGCUGAAAAUGAUCUCAGUAAACCCAGCCAUGGUUGGAAUCGAUCUUGAAAGACCCAGCCAAGGCUGGAAAUGAUCUCGGAAGACCCAAACAUGGUU